AAUCUCGUUAGUUAAAAUUCCUUUACGCAUGCGUCUGAGCAGGGUGGUUAACCUUUGAACUUCCAAUUUGUUGCAACUGUUACGAUGGCGACCAUCACCGAACUGAAAGCUGCACUGAAAGAAACUCUUGAAGCUCGGGGUGUCUUGGGGCAAUUGAAAGCACGGAUUCGAGCAGAGGUUUUCAACGCUCUUGACGACCAGACUGAGACUCGACCUGCUCUGUCACACGAGAAUCUUCUCAUAAAUGAGCUGAUCCGCGAGUAUUUGGAAUUCAACAAAUACCGAUAUACCGCUUCCGUUUUGAUUUCAGAGUCCGGUCAGCCCGAGGUACCUCUGGAUCGGCAGUUCAUGACGAAUGAGCUGAAUGUGGUGGAAGACCCCAGUUGCAGAUCUGUCCCCCUGUUAUACGGGUUGCUGUCUCACUUCCUGAGCAGUGGUGGUGAGAAAGGAGCUAAGCGGUUCCUGCGGAGCUCAGCUGCACCAGCCCCCAGGGACAGUACAGCGUGUCCAGCAGGUGAAGCCAGCAGAGCGGGUAUGGCAGAACAAGUUCCAGUUGGGAAUACAAGCACAGAGGCUGUUUUCCUGCAGGGUGGAUACAGGUGACCAUUGCUUCCCAUUGCAAUUUUCAUGUUGCCAAAAGCGGAUCAGGCUACUGUUGAAUCUCACUUUCAGUUCCUCAGUCAGCUGAACCAUGUGCCUUUUGGUUCUUUUAUGUCCCGUUUCACUACAGUAAGGACAGAAAGGUCAAGCAAUCAGUGCUCAUUUAAAAUGUACUGUAUGUUGUGUACAUAGGUUUGUGACGUUGCUGCAUAUUAUGUAAUGCGUUAGGUUGUUCUUUAAAUCACAUAUGUUCAAAAUGUUUGUGUUUUUUUAAUCUACUUUUAAAAGUGUUUCCUCAAAUAAAUAUAUUCUGUUAAUGAGA